AUGCACCAUCACAAGAAAGCCAUCAAAAGAGUGUUGGAGGAAGCAGGGAUCAAGCAGGGAUCAGCAGAAAUGAUCAAGUCAUAUCAGAAGGCCAUUGACACCAUCAUGAAGUCCCUGACUGCUGAGGAGAUACAGGAGCUGAGGAUCUGGCCACAGAAUGGACUGAGCAGCAGCCACCAUGGGAUGUUCAAUCAGAAAAAGAAAGGCCAACAAUAUGCUGAGGAGUUUGCUAAGGAAAUGUGGAAGCAGUGUGAGGCAAGGGUGGUAGUGAUGGUGGCAUGGGAAGAUGUCAAUAGAGGCUUGGAGGACUGCAGGGACAAAUUUGUCAAGUAUGCAUGGACAGCAUUUGGGAGUGGUGGCACAGAUGAGACUCAGCAGACAAUGAUGCUGCUCCACAGCUGCAGCAGUGAAAGAAACUGGCAAAGGACAAAGUUAACCUGCCACUCAGCAAGGAUGGAUGAGUUGACAGCAAUCUUGGAGUGGUGGCAGGAGCAGAAGAUGCAGCAUCCCAACAAUAUAUUUGCAUUCAUGCCAGUUGGAGAUGCAAUGUUGGUUGGGUGCCAUUGGAUGUGGAACAGGGUGCCAAAGACAUCCCAGACCCAGCAGGGGGACAGAAAACAGCUGGCCAAUUGA